ACCAUUCCAGAAUCCGUUGUCAUAGAGUGCGAUCAUACUCUAGUGGUGCCUGUUCGCUUGUUCGCUCUAAUAUUACCGCCGACUCGUAGUCGUUCAGCAAUCGGACCGCCGCCGAAACCACAGCACGCGUAAAGCACUCGUGAUGUCACCUACAAAAGCUUCUGACAUUGCUGUGGGUAACGAUUGUCAGAAAAAUCAUAUGGCCAAUGAUGACUGGUGUACAUGCUUUGAAACUUGUACAUUACCAAAACAUAUUCAAGAAGUGGCUUUGAUUGAGUUACGGGAAAAUGAAAGUGCUCGUAAGCAAGCUAUUUCAGCGUUCCGGCAAUGGAUAUCGAAAAAUGCAGAUAUUCAAAACGUAAUUACUGAUGAAAAGUUUUUGUUACGAUUCUUGCGUGCUAAAAAAUUUAGUUUACCAAUGGCUCAACAAAUGUUGCUUAAAUAUUUAAAUCUUCGACAAAGAUUCCCAAUGUACUUCAUGGGUCUAGACUGUAUGAUUCCAUCAAUUAGCGAACUUAUUGACUCCGGAUACAUGUUUGUAUCGCCUUUUAGGGAUAACGAAGGUCGGCGAGUUAUUAUUGGUACUGCGAAAGGCUUCGAUCUUCGAAAAUAUAGCAAUAGAGACUUGGGAAUUGUACACAUAAUUACCUAUGAGACAUUACUAAACGAUGAAAUCAAUCAGGUUGUGGGAUUCACUCACUUCGGUGAUUUUGACUCCAUAACUCCAGCAUAUAUAACUCUGUUCGCCCCAAAUGAAUUUGCCACUCUUAUCAAGUGGGGAGAGCAAUCAAUUCCUAUGAGACAUAAAGCAAUACACUUGUUGAAUGUACCAGCACCGAUCAAGUUUGCUUAUGAUUAUUUCCAAACAAGAAUAAGCCCAAAACUCAACUCACGAAUGAAGAUGUACAAUUCACUAUCUGAGUUACACGAGAGACUUGAUAAAAAAGUCUUGCCUAAAGAGUAUGGUGGUGAAAUGCCAAUGGCCGAAAUGAUCAGGUUAUGGAAAAAAGAAUUGAUGGAAAAUAGAGAAAAAUUAAUAGCGUUAGACAAUAUGCGGUUAUUAUCUGAUAGAAACAUUAUAACAAGAAAAACGAAAGCUGAAAUUAAUCAUCAUAGUUUGAUUUCUGGAUUCGAUCAGAUAAAUGGCAGUUUUCGAAAACUUGAAGUAGACUAACUAUAAACAGUAAUAAGUAAUUAAAUAGAAUGUAAAUAAAUAAUACAUUUUUAUCUUGUAAAAAUUUCAAAGUCUUAUUUUUUUUAUUCAUAUUUUCAUUUUGUAAAUUCUUCACCAUUACUAUAUAAGUUAUCAUGUUUAAUACCCUCAUACCCUCAUUAUAUAUUCAUUUAUAAUAAUUA